AUGGGGCCAACCCACCGCCCGCCGCGGCUAAUUGGGGCGCGUGCCGCCGCCAAGGCUACCGCCGCGGACCCCAGACCCCGGCGCCAGCUAGGGCCUGGACCCGGACCCCGACCCGGACCCCGACCCCAGACCUCGCACCCCCGCGCGGACCCGGACCCGGACCCGGGGCCCCGGCUCGCCUUGGAACUCGGACCCGCACCCGGACGCAGACUGAGACCCCCGCCCCCGGACCCCGGCUGGGCUCAGGACUCGGACUCGGACACGGACCCGGGACCCCUGCUCGGAUCCCGAUCUCUGCCCCACGCAGACUCCAGACCUCGGUUCGGACCCCGGCCCGCGCCCUGCCCCGCCGAGGGCCCGAUCCCCGGCCCAGGUCGACCCGGCCGCAGGCUGGGACCUCAGCCUCCGCUCUCCGAGGGGUGCAGACCCCAGGCCCCAGACCCGCUGCAGACCCGGCCCCGCGCCGACCCCGCCCGCCUCCCUGUGUCGCGAGCCCGGGGGCUGCCAGGAGGAGGCGCUCGCAGGCCUCCUCGCCGCCGGAGCAGGUGCGGACGCAGUCGUGUCCCCCUACCCAGCCCCGACCCGCUGCAGGAGACUAGCCGCGGGCGGCAGAUGCGCCGGGUCCGCGGGCAGACCCUAGACCGCCACCGCAGCGACGUGGGUGCCUGUCCCCCUGGGAGAAGGGCCCCGGGACCCCAACAGAAGCCACCUCUAUGCAGCGCCCUUUAG